AUGUCUCCCACGUCCCUCGUAUUCAUCGAUCUGCGAGCCGUGGUGGUCGGGAUGCUGUCACGCCGGGCACGAUACGAGCGUAGCGCAAGCGUUGAGGCGGGAGAGCAGGCGAACGCAAAAAAAGGCGGUGGGCGUCGAAAGAGAGGUGGUAAGAAAGCACAAUACGCCACCGAGGAACGGCGCAAGCUCCCAGAUGGCUUCACCGCGGACAUUCUAGGUGAGAAUGACGACGGUACGGAAACGUCCGCCGAUCCGAACGGCUAUGCGGUCGAUAAUGUGGCGCACGGUGAACAGGCUGUGUUUGGUGUGGCGAAUGAUGAUGGUUCAUAUCACGACGAGACGUAUGGCGAGAAGGUGGUUGGUGAAGCGGACAAAGGCAAAGCGGACGGAGGCGAAGCGGACGAAGGGGAAGCGGAUGAAGGGGAAGCGGACGAAGGGGAAGCGGACGACGACGAAGCGGACGAAGGCGAAUCGGACGAAGGCGAAGCGGACGAAGGCGAAUCGGACGAAGGCGAAGCAGGCGAAAGCGAAGCGGACGAAGGCGACGCGGAUGAAGGCGAAGCGGACGAAGGCGAAGCGGACGAAGGCGAAGCGGACGAAGGCGAAGCGGACGAAGGCGAAGCGGACGAAGGCGAGGAGGGGGAAGGCGAGGAGGGGGAAGGUGAAGGGGCGGAAGGCGGAGAGGCGGAAGGCGUAGGAGCUGUUGGCGAGGAGGCGGAAGGCGAAGGGGCGGAAGGUGGGGAGUGGGAUGGCGAAGAGGGGGAAGGCGAAGAGGGGGAAGGCGAAGAGGGGGAAGGCGAGGAGGGGGAAGGCGAAGAGGGGGAAGGCGAGGAGGGGGAAGGCGAAGAGGGGGAAGGCGAGGAGGGGGAAGGCGAAGAGGGGGAAAGCGUAGGGGCUGUAGAUGGGGCUGGAGAGGAGGCGAAAGGCGAAGAGGGGGAAGGCGAAGAGGGGGAAGGCAAAGAGGGGGAAGGCGAAGAGGGGGAAAGCGUAGGGGCUGUAGAUGGGGCUGGAGAGGAGGCGGAAGGCGAGGAGGCGGAAGGAGAGGAGGCGGAUGGGGUCCAGGCAAAUGGCGACAAUGUGGGCAAAGGCUUGUCCGAUUACUCCAAUUUUAGUGCAGAGGAGAGAACUAAUGGGCGGCGGACACGCGUACAAGCACUCAGCCGCGGGUCGACGCUGCAUGAGGAUGAAGAAGCUGCACGAGUGGUGAAGAAAGGGCGGUUUAUGAUUCUGGGGGCCGCACCGGAUGAUACGCAACAGUGCGGUAAUGGGCGUGGCGGAGAAGCAAAGGAUAAACAAGGAGGGCAGAUCGUGAAAGGGGCAUUGGCGGGCGGCGAAGCCACCCACGAAGCGCAGGAUGCGAUGCAAGUGGGAGCAGCAGCAGUUCCUGUGGGUAUGACUGUUGCGAGGGUGGGAGGAGCAGCGUCAGCGGGAGGGAGGGUGGGAGCAGCAGCAGCAUCAACUGGGAUGAGGGUGGGAGCAGCACCAGCGUCAACGAGAGGGAGGGUGGGAGCAGCAGCAGCAUCAACUGGGGUGAGGGUGGGAGGAGCAGCAGCGGCAUCGACUGGAGGGAGGGUGGGAGCAGCAGCGGCAUCGACUGGAGGGAGGGUGGGAGGAGCAGCGGCAUCGACUGGAGGGAGGGUGGGAGCAGCAGCGGCAUCGAAUGGAGGGAGGGUGGGAGGAGCAGCGGCAUCGACUGGAGGGAGGGUGGGAGGAGCAGCGGCAUCGACUGGAGGGAGGGUGGGAGGAGCAGCGGCAUCGACUGGAGGGAGGGUGGGAGCAGCAGCGGCAUCGACUGGAGGGAGGGUGGGAGGAGCGGCGGCAUCGACUGGAGGGAGGGUGGGAGGAGCGGCGGCAUCGACUGGAGGGAGGGUGGGAGGAGCAGCGGCAUUGUCUGGAGGGAGGGUGGGAGGAGCAGCGGCAUCGACUGGAGGGAGGGUGGGAGGAGCAGCGGCAUCGACCGGAGGGAGGGUCGGAGGAGCAGCGGCAUCUACUGGAGGGAGGGUGGGAGCAGCAGCAGCAUCUACUGGAGUUUUCAGGCCCAGGGAUACCACUACUGUAAGGACGCCGCCUCCAGGGCCCACGGCUUUGGCUGCCGUAUCAACCAGGGUGGCGCAGACGCAGUGGGUAUCACGAGCGGAGUUUGCGGUGCUUAGGAAGGAGAUGCUCCAACAGUUUGAGAGCCUCAGGGCUCAAGGAGUCGCGGUUCCUGCUCAAGGACUUGCGUCGCAGGGCAGCGACGCAACAACAGGCGUUCCUCGCCCUCCAAGUCAGAGUGCCGGACAAAUCGCUCUGGAAAUGGUGAUCGUCGAUGCUGGAGACUGGAAGGCGAAGUGCCGGAGUGUCAUCACCGAGUUCUUCUGGCUGAACGACGCUCGUCACAUCCAGAUGUAUCCGUCGAGUGAAGAGGCGAUGGCUGGGUUAUCUACGUAUCUGUCCCCUGAUACCAUGCCCCACUUGCAACUGCUGUGGAAACAACAAUGCCCAACAACAAAGGGGGCAUUCUAUACAGCAUGCAGCAAUACCUGGUGUGCAAUUGGCAAAAUACUCCGUCGAUUGGUUCUAACUGCAUUGGGGCAGGAGAAAAACAAGGGGAAGGUGAUGUCCCUCCCGGCGGAUUUGGAUCGUCCGGCGGUGUAUCGGAACGAUGCCGAACUGGUCCGGGACAACAUGACUGGUGAGCUCCUAACCCUUGCUCUCUCCCCCCCUCCUCUGUCACAUGCUCUCUCCCCCCCUCCUCUGUCACAUGCUCUCUCCCCCCCUCCUCUGUCACAUGCUCUCUCCCCCCCUCCUCUGUCACAUGCUCUCUCCCCCCCUCCUCUGUCACAUGCUCUCUCCCCCCCUCCUCCGUCACAUGCUCUCUCCCCCCAUUCUCUGUCACAUGCUCUCUCCCCCCCUCCUCUGUCACAUGCUCUCUCCCCUCCUCUGUGA